GCGCUGGAAAAGGCAAAGAAGAUUGGUGCAGAGGCCGAAGGCGGUGGAGAGCCCCCCGAGGCGGUGGCGAAGGCCGUGGAGGAGGCGGAGGCGGCGGCUUCGGACCUCACCGGCGCCUCCACCGAGCUGGGGACGGAGAGCUCGACGCGUUCAACGCCAAGCGCUCGGGUGCGGAGUGGCCGGCGGGCGUAGCGGACGAGGACUCCCUGAAGCUGAAGGAGCUCACCGAGAAAACCAGCGAUGCCGCCAAGGUGGUGCGGGACUUGGCGGCGAACGCGCUGGCGAGGGCGCAGAAGGCGGAGGCGGGUGCCAAGCAGAGGGCGACGGAGGCGGCCGCAGAGGUCGCGGCCUUCUACGCCAGAGGGCAGGGGCGGCUCAAGGAGUCGAAGGACGUCGGCCAGAAGGCCGGCUGGCUGCUGGACUACGCCAAAGCCAAG